CAUAAAAUGUAAAGGUUUAACACUUUCCUGUGGAUUUUUGACAAGUAAUCAUCUCAGGUCAGCAAGAAUGCGUCUCUUCAGCGUGGGUUGUGUCUGUGUGUUUGCCCUUGGCUUACUUGGGCUCGUCCAGUCCUUCGGGGAAAUGGGCGGUGGUUAUGGUUACGGUGGCUACACUUUCGGGAAGCAGCCACAAGGUGUCACCUACCACUUUCAUCAGUACUAUCCCAGGAGCCGCGUCAACAUAUUCUCUUACCUGAUCUACUUCUUCCUAUUCAUCUUGAUCAUCAACCUGCUUUUCCCCAACAACUCGAAGGGCAAAAAAGACAUGGAUGGUGAUCAUUAUUCCAAGGAGGAGAACCAUGACUCCUAUGACAUGUAUGCUGAUCCCUACCCCACUGGUGACCCGUACGGUGACACCGCGAGCCAUGACUCCUAUGCCAUGUAUGCUGAUCCCUACCCCACUGGUGACUCGUACGAUCCGUACGGUGACACCACCUACGAUGGUCCACAUUGGGUCGUUGUUCCGCACGGUGUCGACUACAGGCGCUAAACAUGUUUGAAAGUCAUCAAGAUCUGAAUUUGUGAA